CUCACCCACCGACCCACCCACCCACCGACCCACACGCCUGCUCGGAACGGGUCGGUCGCCGGUGGCGGAGGAGCCCGGCGAGCUGUGUGAAGAAACUCUUCAGCCAUGGAUGUGUUCAUGAAAGGACUUUCCAAGGCAAAGGAGGGAGUCGUAGCAGCAGCAGAAAAAACCAAGCAGGGUGUGGCAGAGGCGGCAGGAAAGACGAAAGAAGGUGUCCUCUAUGUAGGUUCCAGGACCAAGGAAGGAGUUGUUCAUGGUGUCACAACAGUGGCUGAGAAGACCAAAGAGCAAGUGUCUAAUGUUGGGGGAGCUGUGGUGACAGGAGUGACGGCGGUGGCCCAGAAGACAGUGGAAGGAGCAGGGAACAUUGCUGCAGCCACUGGCUUGGUGAAGAAGGAUCAGUUGGCCAAACAGAAUGAAGAAGGUUUCCUGCAGGAGGGAAUGGUGAAUAACACAGAUGUUCCUGUGGAUCCUGAGAAUGAGGCUUACGAAAUGCCUCCAGAGGAAGAGUAUCAAGACUAUGAACCUGAAGCAUGAGAGUCCUUUUCUUCCUUUAUAUCUCCUGAAAUCUACUAACUACUAAAGACGUCCCAUCCUGUACAAGUGCUGAGUUCCAAUGUGCCCAGUCGUAAAAUUUUUUUACAGUUUUUACGGUGUAUUUUGAAGUCUUCCAUCAGCAAUGAUUGGAGUAUCUGUGACUGCAUCCACCUUGUUUCAGCAUUUCCCUCCUGCUGAAAUGAAAGCUGGUUGGCAGGGUCAUUGUUGUGCUGUGGAUAUUGUGGCUUCAAGUUUAAAAGUUGAAAAAGAAAAUAUUAAAUAAAAACACCUAAGUGUCUACUGCUUAUUUCUAACUCUGUACAUGUUUUGUUGAUAGGCUGUCAGUAAUUUGAUAUUGUUUAUGAUACAAUUUUUAUUUGUUUCCUAUGACUAUUCUUUCUGUGCAGAGAUGACUUAUUGUGAGAGCUUUAUAUAUAUAUGUGUAUGUAUUAUACAUAUAAAAAAAAGUAACUGAGCAUGAACUAUGCACCUAUAAAUAUUAGCUGUUGAAAUUUUAUUGUUUUGUGAUGUGUUUUAUUAACUUGUGUCUGUAAAUAAUGGUGUUCAACUGAAGCAAAUAAAAUGUAACCCAUUAAAAAUGAA